UCAAAACAAUGUCAACGGCACCUAACCUCAAACUUUUAUGAAAAACCCUUCAAAACAAUGCCCCUUUCGCCCCACCUCCUUCAACGCCUCCAAGAACUGAAAAAAUGGCAAGAAAACCACGACGAUUUACUCAAAAGUGCAAACGUGACCACAGCUUCGGACUAUCAGACCAUUGAGGGUCUUUCAGCUUUUGAUUCCUCAAAUGAAAAUUCACGGAAAAACUGGGAAAGUCAGGUAAUUUCCCCCACUAAAAGCUUCCAUGAGUUACUCGAGGAGAAGCUUGCCUUGGAUCCUGGCCCCCAACUUGUGCCCCCGAAACCCAAACGGCCUUUUUUGAAAAAAGGAACCGGUUUGGAGCGCUUUCGGAUGAAAAGUCAGCCCAAACUGAGGAAAAAAGCGACAAGGGCCCCGGUGGUGACACCCAAAGCGACUUGGGGGACCCCUGGCGAGCAAACGCUCUACGAGAAAGCCCUCGAGAAAGAAUUGAGGAUUUUUGAGGCGUUGGAGGAGAAAGCCGAGAAUAGUAGUUUCUGUUCAACGAAUUCGAGUGUUUUGAGGAUUUUAUCGAGCACUCCGAGUAAAAAUCGGGUCCAUUGGGGGGCACAGGACGACGAUGGGGUCAUCGAGACUGAUUUGGAGCGCAAAGACAUCGCUGAGAUUCUCUUAAGACUGAAAAGUUUGGCCGAGACUCGGAUGAAGCCCCCUGAUGUGCCUUCGAUUAUUGAAGCUUCAGAUGAGGACAAAUGGUCAAGCAGUGAGGUCUCAAGUGAGGAUUUAGAGGUGACUUUAAGGGGGCCAAAACGCGAUAUUGGGGUGGGGACUGAGCCAAGCAAUGAGUGUGCAAUUUGUGGUGAUAAACUCAAACGAAAAAUAAGCGAGUUUGAGGACAAACUCAAGGAUUUAAUUGAGGAUAAAAACCGGUUAAACGAACUACGGAGACAAUUGGAGCAAAAAGAGGGCGAUUUUUUGAGGCGAAAGCACGAAUUUGAGGACCAGAAGGCGAAUUUCGAGUUUGAGACUGACGUAGCGAGGAAAAAACUCGCAAAAGAGAGACAAGCCUUCCAAAUGUUCAUGAAAGAGUCGCAAAAUCGCCCGAACAAGAAAGAACGCCAGGAAAUAAGCAACUUGAGACAGGAAGUGGCCGACUUGAGUGAAACUCUCAAAUUAAAAGAGUCGAAAAAUGGGAUGACUCAAGCCCGUCUUCGCAACCAAAUCAAACAACUCGAAAAGGAAAAUUCCCAAUUGAAAACCGAACUGGAAAAACUAACGAAAGAAAAUGCCAAACUUUCCGCCACACAAAAACUCAAACGGAAAUCGGCCGACUCGAAAAUCCUCCAAGAAAUCAGCAAAAACGUCACGAAACUGACCCAAGAGACGAUUAAAACCAAAAGUAGCGAAAAAAUCGAAAAAAUUCCAUCCCUGGACCAGACUGACUCAUUUCUGGAAAUGGCAAAGCCCCCUCUAGUGGAAGAAUACGAAAACACUUUCAAGAACCAAUCAGAAACAAGCAAUUAUUUCAACCAAUCACAGGAAACUGAUUACCAUGACGACGGUACGAAACAAGUGAAGUACCCUAAUGGCAACAUCAAGACAGUUUCCCCCGAUGGUAAUUUCAUAACUGUCAAAUUUUUCAAUGGUGAUCGACAGGAAACCAAUUUAUUGGACGGAACUGUCAAAUAUUUUUUCACCAAUCGAAAAAUCACUCAAACGACGUUCGCUGAUGGCUUGGAAGUGGUGGAAUUCCCAGAGGGCGUAAUUGAGAGGCGAUUUCCGGACGGUAAGUGCGAAAUUACACUACCAGAUGGCGCUGUUCAAACAACGCACCCUGACGGCACUUUGGAAACUAAAUACAGCGAUGGUUCACUUGUCAAAAUUGCGAAAAAUGGCGACAAGAUUUUACUUUUGCCCAAUGGACAAAAAGAAAUCGAAACAAAAGAAUUCAAGAGUCGCGAAUACCCAGAUGGUACUGUUAAAAUUUUGCACCCAGAUGGUACCCAGGAAACAAAAUAUGCCAAUGGGCGGGUUAGAAUUAAGGAUUGUAAUGGGAAACUUGUCUUAGAUACGCAUUUAUGAUUUAUUUUACUAAUUAAUUAAAUUAUUUUCCGUAA